UAUUUCACAACAGACACUCUUGUUUGGACCCAUCUUAAUCUCCCUCUCUCUCAUCAGCAGCUUUCACAUACCUCUACGCAAAUUGGAAGCUGCCUCUUCAUUGUGGGCGGACAUGACAGUGGGGUAUAUAGAGAUAAAGUUGUAUUGUUUAAUGGUGAGUGCUUUCAAACUUUAGUGCGAAUGAACUAA